GUAGGGUGGCAACGUUCGUCAGCAAAACAAACAUUUUGCUUUUUCAUAGCGAGUGGGACGGUCGUGCUGCGCUGGGAGCGACUGUGAAAAAUCCAAUUGGCGGCCGAUAUUUGUCGUGCAAUAUUUUUCUCGCUUCCAAUUGGGCAAAAAUUUACAAGAAAAGUUAAACGCUGAAUUAUACGCAGAAAUUAAAUGCAAAUCAAAUUUUUAAGUAAAAUGUGAAAAACUAGAUUGUGGGUUCUAAAUCAAAAACCAAAACCAACGUUAAAUACCCACUGGCUUGGGGUAAACAAUUUUAUCCAACACAUCAUCGAAAAUCCAAAAGAAUCUUGAUAGACUGAAAAAGGGACAAUUGGAAUACUUCAUUUAUUUUGAAAUGUUUUACAACACAAUGGAACUGCAUCAACGACACCUCUCCAAUUUUUACAAAUUGCACAACUGAGAAUCAAAAGUCUUUGAUAAAUAAGUAAACCAUAAGAAACAGAAGAUCGCGGCCACCGACUCACCAUUGCUGCAGAUACAACAUGCCCAACAUGUCCAGCAUUAAAGCGGAGCAGAGUGCUCCAAUGGGAGGAAGCGGGGGCUAUCAACUGCCAGUCAACAUGUGCACCACCGCCGUGGCGGCCUCGACGACCACGCUGGGCGGAGGAGCCACUGGACCAAGGCACAACGUGUCCGUGACGAACAUCAAGUGCGAGCUGGACGAGCUGCCCACGCCGAACGGCAACCUGGUGCCGGUGAUCGCGAACUACGGGCACGGCAGCCUGCGGAUCCCGCUGAGCGGUCAGCCGAGUCUCGAGGAGGAGUCUGACUCGGAGGCGGAGCUGGCGAACAUCGAGAGCCUGAAGGUGCGACGAAGGACGGCGGCGGACAAGAACGGACCGCGACCCAUGUCCUGGGAGGGCGAACUGAGCGACGCGGAGGCCAACGGCGGCGAGGAGUUGAUGGAGAUGGAGCCGACGAUCAAGAGCGAGGUGGUCGCCGCCGCCGCAUCCGCGCCCCUGCAGCCCGCCUGCGCCCUGCAGCCGAUCAAAACAGAGCUGGAGAACAUCGCCGGCGAGCUGCAGCAGCAGGGCAAGUCCUACCCCAUGUCCAACUCCCACGCACAAGCCCACGCCCACGUUCAAGCCCACUCCCACUCGCACUCCGCCUCGAAGAUUAAGCUGGCGCCGACGCAGAGCGACCCGAUCAAUCUCAAGUUCGAGCCGCCGCUGGGAGACAACUCGCCGCUGCUGGCGGCACGAAGCAAGUCCAGCAGCGGAGGCCACCUGCCGCUGCCCGCGAAUCCCAGUCCCGACUCCGCCAUACAUUCCGUCUACACGCACAGCUCGCCCUCGCAGUCGCCGCUGACGUCGCGCCACGCCCCCUACACGCCCUCGCUGAGCCGCAACAACAGCGACGCCUCGCACAGCAGCUGCUACAGCUACAGCUCGGAGUUCAGUCCCACCCACUCGCCCAUCCAGGCGAGGCACGCCCCUCCCGCCGGAGCGUUGUACGGCAACGGGGGCGUACACCACCACAGCGUGCUGUACCGCCCCCUGAAGGUGGAGGCCUCGUCCACGGCGCCGUCGUCCGGCGGGCAGGAGGCGCAGAACCUGAGCAUGGACUCGGCCUCCAGCGGGAUGGACGCGGGCGGCUCCUCGCACCCCUCGCCGGCGGGCAUUUCACGCCAGCAGCUGAUCAACUCGCCGUGCCCCAUCUGCGGCGACAAGAUCAGCGGCUUCCACUACGGCAUCUUCUCCUGCGAGUCCUGCAAGGGCUUCUUCAAGCGCACCGUGCAGAACCGCAAGAACUACGUGUGCGUGCGGGGCGGACCCUGCCAGGUGAGCAUCUCCACGCGCAAGAAGUGUCCGGCCUGCCGGUUCGAGAAGUGCCUGCAGAAGGGCAUGAAGCUGGAGGCGAUUCGGGAGGACCGGACGCGCGGCGGCCGUUCCACGUACCAGUGCUCCUACACGCUGCCCAACUCCAUGCUCAGUCCGCUGCUCAGUCCGGACCAAGCGGCAGCAGCGGCCGCCGCAGCAGCGGUGGCUAGUCAGCAGCAGCAGCAGCAACAGCAGCGACUGCAUCAGUUGAAUGGCUUUGGAGGCGUACCCAUUCCCUGCUCGAGUUCCCUGCCCGCCAGCCCCAGAUUGGGAGGAGCUUCCAUCAAGUCGGAGGAGGCGGCGGAGACGGGCAAGCAUGGCCUGCGAACCGGAAGCGUGCCACCACUACUGCAGGAAAUCAUGGAUGUUGAGCAUCUCUGGCAGUACACCGACGCUGAGCUGGCCCGUAUAAACCAACCGCUGUCGGCAUUCGCCUCCGGCAGCUCGUCCUCAUCCUCGUCGUCCGCCGCAUCCUCGGGCGCCCACGCACAGCCGCAGCUGACCAAUCCACUCCUGGCCAGUGCCGGCCUCUCGUCCAAUGGCGAGAACGCCAACCCCGAUCUAAUCGCCCAUCUCUGCAACGUGGCCGAUCACCGCCUCUACAAGAUCGUCAAGUGGUGCAAGAGCCUGCCGCUUUUCAAGAAUAUUUCGAUCGAUGACCAGAUAUGCCUGCUCAUUAAUUCGUGGUGCGAACUGUUGCUCUUCUCCUGCUGUUUUCGAUCAAUCGACACUCCCGGCGAGAUUAAAAUGUCACAAGGCAGGAAGAUAACCCUAUCGCAGGCCAAGUCAAAUGGCUUGCAGACCUGCAUUGAAAGGAUGCUCAAUCUGACGGAUCACCUGAGGCGAUUACGCGUUGAUCGCUAUGAAUAUGUUGCCAUGAAGGUGAUAGUGCUGCUGCAGUCGGAUACGACGGAGUUGCAGGAGGCGGUGAAGGUGCGAGAGUGCCAGGAAAAGGCGUUGCAGAGCUUGCAGGCGUACACCCUGGCCCACUACCCCGACACGCCGUCAAAGUUUGGGGAACUACUGCUGCGUAUUCCUGACCUGCAGCGAACAUGUCAGCUGGGCAAGGAGAUGCUGACGAUCAAGACUCGGGAUGGCGCGGAUUUCAAUUUGCUAAUGGAGCUCUUGCGCGGGGAGCAUUGACAAUUGAUUACAGAGAUAGAAAUCUGCUGCCGUUGGCAAAACAAGUUUUACAUAUUUAGUAUUAGAUACAUAUAUUUUGGAGAUAAGUUCUUUAGUUGUAAGCUCUGAAAACAUGUGCCUAAAAACCAAAGCCACGAUAGCAGCCACAUCAGGCCCACUGGUCGAGAUUGAAUCUAAGCGCAAGAUUGCCAAAUUUUUACACCAAUAUAUAUUUUGAUAUAAGCCAUGUGCAGGGCCCUAGAUUGCUGUUGUUGUUGGCUAGAGUUUCAGUAAGAAAAGUAUAUAUUGAUUUUGCUAUAUAUACAUAUUUGACUUAUGUAUAGUGUAAACUAAAGCACACAUGGAAAAUGAAAAGACUAAAAAAAUUUAUUUAAAAAAUUACUUUUACUAUUACGAAAGGAUAAAAACGAAAAGGCAUAAAAAACACAAAGGCAUAAAAGUUAAUUUAGAAACAUCAGCUAGCGACAUUUUUAUACCUACCUACAUAACGGAAAUUAUUCAAUGUAUUUUUAAUGAAUGCCAAAACCAAUUUGGUUUGAAGGAGAGCUGCUGAAAUUUUCGAUAAUAUCUCUAUAUAUAUUCAUUAUUAGCAAACAGAUAAUGAAAUCCCAUUUUUAAAUGUUGUAGCAUUUAGUUUUAGUGCAAUUUCACCCAUGUCUACAUAUAUUAAAUAUAUAUCUUCAACCAGAUAUCUAUGUUCGCAAACCUUAUACAACAAAAGACCACUCGAAAUCGCCAUCCUGGUUGGCUAAGACUAUUCCAGUUAUGCUGAUUGUUGCAUAAAAAAAAACACAAGUACAUACAUAAAUCAAAUGUAUCAUUUUAUACUUGAGGUUAAGUUUUGUAUUAAUUUCUGUUUUAUAAUUAUUUUUAUUAUGUAAAUCUUACUUAAAUAGCUGAAGCAAAUCCUGCAACAGGAUUCAAAACACGUAAAUACACAAAACAAUAUAAAAAAUCA